AUGAUCGCCCGUUUGCUCGUGAAGAAAAUGACUUAUUUACAUGAGAAUUUCAGAUGUCUCGUUUUCGCGAGUUGCGCCUCGUGUCUCAUCGUCACCCUAUCACUGAUCGGUUUUCUCUGCUCGCAAAUGCUUGAUCUGCCCAUCAUAUUGCACCUUUCUACUAAUUGCUAUUUCUUUGGGCUAUACGGUGACGCGUUUACGACAAUUUUUAUGAGUUUUGAGCGAGGGAUCGCCACGUUGAAAGCGACGAGUUAUGAAGAGAAAACGAAUGGUUUUUUCUUCAAUCUUUUAUUGUUUUUAUUGCCGUUCCUCGCAGCCGCCAUUUGGAUGUUCAUCUACGAUAGUGGAAUUAUACCAUUAGCCGAUCUGAGCAACAGUCUUUUCUUCUCGUUGAUCGCUUUUUUGUGUUUAUUGGAAACGAUCAUCAUUUUCCGUUUCAAUAAACGAAUGAUUGUUGAUAGGGGAAAUUCGAAUUUGAGCUUAUCGGCGAGAUUUCAAUACACUGAGAACUUUUCUCUAUCAAAAGUUUUCCUCUUCGUCACUGCAAACGAUUUAUUGACAUGGAUAACUCUAGCCGUUCUCUAUUAUUUUGCCUCGGCAAUGGAGUCGGUUUCUUUGAUGAAUUCAAGUGGGAAUAUUUAUCUCGAUUUGGGUGAUUCGGUUUAUCUGGAGAAGUGCCUUGUCCUCUACACAGCUUUAUUCAUCUCGCAUCGGAAAUUUGAGAAUCGCACUCGUCGCAUUCGACCCCAACCUCUUCACCUGGAGUCUCAGCUUCAUUUUAGUCAUCUCGCGAAACUUUGGGAUCAUCAUUACGUGUCA